AUUUUCCUCUUUAUUCUGGGCAUUUUGAGUAUUAUUUUAAAUUUGCACUCUUAUUCUUAUUCUUAUCAGCAUUUUCUAUUUUAUUGCCUACGCUUUUAUAACACUUGACACACUUUUGUGUGCAAAUAUACACCCAUUCGCGCUGUCAACCGCACUUCCACUAUUUGUCUUGGUUGUAUUACGUCGCACCUUUUUAAUAUAUUGUCGCUCAAGUCUACGAGGCCUUCAUAUCAGCACCAGCACGUUCAUUCACGCACGCAUCCACGCUAUAACUGACAUCCAUUUGUUUAUUUAGCCAAUUGUUAAACGCAAUUCAAGCAUUUAACGCUGUCAACCAGCAAGUAGACCAUAUCUGGGUAUUCGGAAAAAAAACUGUUUUGCACGAUACAAACAAAUAUAUAAAUUUGGGCCGUCAAAAUAAAAACUACAAUGGAGGGCGGAAAGCAAUUUUUGCCACAUGUCGGCUGUUCUGAAAACACCAGGCAGACAAACACCGCAGCCGGUGCCACACACAAUACCUAUUUGCAUCUCCGGUUGGAGCCAUCUCUAUCGUCCUCGCUGAUGGACAUUUUUGAUAUUUUCGUUUACCCAGUGAUUUUGUCUCCAAGCAUACCCAGCACACCACCGCCUACUUACGAGCCUCCACCACCUUCCUACCCGUCGCCACAUUCCUUGUCUACCACUUCAAUAAGCACGCUUGAUCUGGACCGAGUUACCGAAUUUCUAUCCGGGCUGAACAAUGUGGAUUCAAUAAGCAUUGCGGCCAGCGAUAUGUAUAUAGAAGAAGAAUACAGCUACGACAGUGGUUUUGGCGGUUCUGGAUCCAGUAUCAGUGGCCACUCUAAUGCUUCGAGACUACAAAGCCAGUUGUCGUUGAGUCUGUUAGUUUACGAGCUCCUUGUCCACCAGUCAACAUUGUCUAGGUCGUCGUCCAGAGAGUCGUUAAUGACAUUAUCGCCAGAUAUUUUCGACUAAAGUUUCUCAUUGCAUUUAUUCACGCAUUUUCUAAUUGUCUUGUACAUUUCGGUUUUAUUUCAAUAUAUUCACAUGCCCAC